GUUGAAAUUUCAUGAGAUCUGUCUGUCAUCUGUCAUCUGUUUCAGAAUAAAAUAAUCAGAAUCUCAUAUGUUUGUUAUGUUGGAGGUGGAUUUUGGUUUGGUUAAAUUAGUAUUAGUAGUUCGUUAGUAUUUUAAUUAAUAAAUGAAUGUUGUGAAUACAAAAUAAGUUCGAUAAAAGUCUACACUUUCCAAGGUGGUGGUAUGGCUUCUUUCAUGACCAAGAAGAAGAAAUACAAGUUCCAUGUAGAGAUAUGCUUAGAGGAGCUGCUAGAGGUGCCAUUUGUAUCAGCAGUGCUGUUUGCAAAAAUGAGAUUGUUGGAUGGGGGCAGUUUUCAGGACCACAGUAGUAGACAGGAAGUUCGCGACCACAAGGUCCUAUGGGGCAACUCCUUCUCCUUCCCCUGCAAGAUGAUGGCGAACGCUACCACGGGCGUUAUGGAGAGAUGCGUCCUGCGCAUCUCCAUACGCAAAGAGUCCAAGGGCGGCAGAUCCUUCAACAAAUUGGGCUUCGUCGAUCUGAAUUUGGCGGAAUUUGCCGGCGCCGGAUUGGUGCACAAAAAGGCCCUAUUGGAGGGCUACGACGCGAGGCAUCGGCAGGACAACAGCAUGCUCAAGUUCAAGAUCGAGUUGAGCAUGACGUCGGGCGAUGUGCUGUUCAAAGCCCCUUCACCAUCCCUCACACAUAAACAAGUGAAAGUGGAAGACUCUAGCAACGACCCGAGAUCCGACGAAGUUUCCAGCGGGUCUUUAGCCGGUUCUAUCGCCAGCGGCAGCUCGGGUUUCGGCAGCCUACCAAAGAAAAGACCGGCUCUUUUAUCUUCAGAUCUGGUGAUAGGCCAAACGCUGACCGAAACCAACGUGCCGGUAUCGAUAGCGCCCGACCUUCUAGACCCGCCCACGACCUUUCAACAGCCGCCCACCGUGGACUCGGAGACUGCCCGCGACCUAGCGGGCAACCAGACUGGAGAACACGGCCAUUCGCGAAACUCCUCCAACACCAGCCAAUUGUCGAAGGCUUCCGGGUACAGCAGCGUGCAUUCGAGGUCGCACAGCCGACAAUCGAGUUCCGGCGACUCCGGGCACAUCAGGGAACAACCGCCUAGCAGAACCAAUAGGAAACGCCACUUAACCAACCCCCACCCUUCAUCCAAUCAAAGAAAACCGAACAUCCCCGAAACGAUACCAUCCUCCGAUACCGAACUCUCAUUUUCUACCAUCCCUAUUACCUCGACACCCUUAAAGCAGGCACCCCAAUUGGAUCGAGACAUUUCCGUGUAUAGUACGCCGAAAAAUUUUCAAAAACAAAUGAGCUUGAUCAGCGAUUCUAGUAACGACGAGUAUAGAACCCCAGAGGGUAGUUUUCUGGAGGAGAAUAAGCCUUUUAAUUUCAAAGAGCUCCAAAAAUCUCGCUCUAUCUCUGUGGUAGUGGAGAAAAAUCGCCCACCAAACAGACUAAGCUCGAAGGAAAUGGAGAAAAACCAACGGAACUCGGUGGAGGGAGUGCUCCGGUCUCAAAGCGACUUCCAAAUACCGCGAACGCCGUUAUUUACAGUCGAACCUACUUCCAUCGACAAAGUAUUCAGUUCAAACGUGGAGAAGAAUCGCUUAGCUAACCGAAUAAGCUCUGAGGAAGCGGAGAAAAACAAAAUCAACUCGGUGGAGGGUGUGCUACGGUCUCAAAGCGACUUCCAAAUACCGCGAACGCCAUUAUUGCCCGUCGAACGUACUUCCAUCGACAAAUUAUUCGGUUCGAACGUGGAGAAAAAUCGCUCAGCUAACCGAAUACGCUCUGAGGAAGCGGAAAAAAACAAGAUUAAGUCGGUGGAGGGUGUGCUACGGUCUCAAAGCGACUUUCAAAUACCUCGAACGCCAUUAUUGCCCGUCGAACGUACUUCCAUCGACAAAUUAUUCAGUUCGAACGUGGAGAAAAAUCGCUCAGCUAACCGAAUACGCUCUGAGGAAGCGGAAAAAAACAAGAUUAAGUCGGUGGAGGGUGUGCUACGGUCUCAAAGCGACUUUCAAAUACCUCGAACGCCAUUAUUGCCCAUCGAACGUACUUCCGUCGACAAAUUAUUCAGUUCAAACGUGGAGAAGAAUCGCUUAGCUAACCGACUAAGCGCUGAGGAAGUGGAGAAAUACAAACUUGAGUCGGAGGGGGGUGUGCUACGGUCUAAAAGCGACUUCCAAAUCCCGCUAACGCCAUCGUUGCCCGUCGAACGAACUUUUACCGACAAAUUAUUCAGUUCGGACAGUUUGUUCUCGUUUUUGACGCCGCGUUUGAAGAGGAGGACGAUCUCCUCGCUCAAAGUGGCUUCGCAUCCCUUUAAGGUGCCUGCUUCCUCGUUGCCCGAUCCCAAAAAGUUGCCUGAAGCUAGGGCGACUUCUUUGAGUUCGCUAAGGUCCGGACGUGCCGAAAGCGACUGGCAAUCGGCUCCAAGGUAGGGAUAGAGAUGGGUUCUUGGUUUUUUCGUCUGGGUUUUGGGUUUCGGCGGUCUUUGUCCGCUUUCUUUUUGCUUCGUCGUGUUGGUUUUUUGAUGGGCGAAUGGACUUUUCUCUCUUUUUGUUUCUCCAUUGAGAAUCUCUUUCGGGUGAGGAACGUAUUUUUUGGACAAGUCAUGCUUUUCAGGAUAUGAGAACUCGACAGGGUUAUUAGCUCUCUUAUGCUUUCCCAUCACUUCUGAUUUUAGCGAAA